UCUCUCUCUCUCUCUCUCUCUCUCUCUCUCUCUCUCUCUCUCUCUCUCUCUCUCAUUCACUCUCUCUCACUCACUCUCGUUUGCUCUGAAAUGGCGGAAAUAGUGGAAGAAAAAAUACCGUUUCUAACAACAAAUCAAUCGAAGGUGCUAACUCCGUUGUACAAAGAUUUUGAACUGAUAUGCGCAGAAGGUCCAAGGUUCGGCAAUAUGUUCAAGUGCACCUGUCGUUUAACCAAAGAGGUAGUAGCUAUCAAGAUUUUGAACAUUCCGGAAAAAGAGAAAAUCUAUGGGGUUCCACACAGAAUCUUGAAUCACGUCUCUAUCCUCAAAAUGUUAAUCCAUCCCAAUAUAGUCAGUUUGCUGGAAGUGAUGGAAACUGAGGAUGAUGUGUUUCUUGUUUUUGAGCAUUUUGACCUUAGUCUCAAAAGAUACAUUGCGGCCAAUUUCCUCCUUUUCGACAUUCGAGGCCAGGAAAAAAGUUUUCUACGUCAAGCUCUUUCUGGAUUGGCAUACUGUCAUUCUCACAAAAUUCUACACAGAGAUCUCAAACCGAAUAAUAUUCUAGUUUCAUUCACAAAUUUUCUAGAUGUUAAUCAAGUCAAGCUAUGUGACUUUGGUGUGGCAAAAACCAUUGAACCUCCUUUUUCACCCUACUCUAACAAGAUGGGGAAUCCUUGUUAUAAAGCACCUGAACUUUUGAUGGGUUCUACCCGCUACUCAACUGCAAUCGAUAUCUGGUCAAUGGGCUGCAUAUUUGCGGAGAUGAUUAAGCUCAAACCUUUGUUCGUUGGUAAAGACGAACCUGAGAUAUUGUCUGAGAUAUUUUGUUUGCUUGGCGCGCCAACAGAAGAAAACUGGCCUGGUGUGUCUUCUAUAUGCUCCUUUAUUAAAUAUCUUGAUCCUUCAAUGAAGCCAAAGGACCUAGCAUUAGUGUUCCCAAGGUUCGAUCCUGUUGGUCUUGAUCUUCUUUCGAAAAUGCUUUGUCUGUGCCCAAAUGCGAGGAUUUCAGCUGAGGAAGCUCUUCACCAUCCAUAUCUUCAAUUUUGACCACCCAUGAUGAAGCUCUUGUUCUCUCUUCCUUGGAACUUGUAACAGAGCAAUGUUAUAGAAUUUUAGGUAUCCUAUUGGAUAUAUCAUGUGUAAAGGCACUUAGACAGUUGAGAAAAGCCUAGUAAUAAAUUUUUCUCCUGUGUUGU